UGAGACGCACAGCGAAAUCGACGGAGCGGGAGUGUUAGUGCCUAAAUUUCCGUGUGAAAAAGAGCUUAUUCACUCCGUCAGUGGUUUCAAACCGUGCAAUUUUGGCCAAAGUAGUGAAAUUAUCUUGCAAAUCUGUUCGCACACUUCGAAUCCAGCUUUUUCCAACGAUUUUUCCCAUCGGGAUAUUUCGACCCUUUUGCGCGGUGACUUCGUUGUGUGCGUUGUAAACAAAUCCACCAACACCAACGUCGUCGAGCAAACCCCCCACGGCAACUGUCAAAACGGAGUCACCCUGUGCUGCUGCUGCUGCUCAAACGCCUUCAAACGUGUCAGACGUCGCGAGCGAAUUUUCCCAUUUACAAAAAAAAAGUGUUGUUCAAAAACAAGUAGCUUUUUGGAAGUUGUAAAAAGUAGUAAUUUUCGACACUGUGUUUUUGGGGUGCGUCGCGGAGUGAAACUUCGUUUGCCGCGCGAGUGUCUGCCGGAAGUGGUCCGUUCCGGGAGGGUACUUUUCGGCCCCGCAGAGGAUGCAAUCGCCAUUUUUGGACGUGUUCACGCAAUCUUGUUUGGGAAAAUUUUAGUGCAUAAAGUGGCCUGGCUGGCGGAAACCCCUUUUUGCGGGCGCUGUGUGGAAAAUUUGAGACAUUUUGGUAUUUCGCAAUGAAUUGAACUAGUGUCGUUGCAGCUAUCAGGAAGAAGUUUGAAGUGAGUGUUUGCAGGUUAACGGAAAAAGGAAGAAGUAGAAAAAAAAUUACAUUGUCCAAUCAUGGGAGUGCUUUAGGAAAUAACCAAAAUCAAAUCGUAGGCGCGAGUUUCGCUUCAGAAGGAAGAAGUAAUUUGUGCGCGAGUGUUUGUGUGUGAAGCAAAGUGCAAACCAGGUACCAGCCCAACCAUGAGUCGUAAUCGGGCCAAAACGGGCGCGACAUCGUCCAAGAAGCAACACGAAAGUGGCUUUUACGAGCAGCAACAGUCCUCGUCAAACUCGCUGAUGCGGGAACUGAAAAUCUCCGGCUCCGGCAAGGCGUCCACCUCGGCCGCGGCCGGUCGGCAUCAGCAUCAACAGCACCGUGUGACCUCCAAGACUACGGACUACGCGGCGUACUACGAGAAUUUGAAGUUUUACCAGCAGCAGGCGGAUCAGCAGCCGAAGCGCAAGGGCGCGUGCGACAUCGAACCGCCCGAUCUGAUCAAUCAGAUUGUGGCCGAUCAGCUGCAGGCGGCCGCCGCCCGGAAGAAGCAACAGCAGGAGCAGCAGCAUGCGGUUGUGACCAGCUCGAGCAGCCACAACAGCAAGUACCACCAGGUACGCGAGGCGGCCGUCAUCAUCGACUCGGAAGAGUCGGAUGCCGGAGCGGCCAGCGGCAACGACAGCGCCAGUGAUGGGGAGUCGCAUCCGGCUGCGGCGCGGUUGCAUCACCACCACCAUCAGCAGCAGAAACAGAAACACGGAAACGGUGGACGCCAGGUCGUGGAGGAAGAGGACGAUGAGGAUGAAGAGGAAGAGGAGGAAGACGAGGAAGAGGGGGGAGUGGAACCGACGGUGGCGCCGCCCAAGGAAGAUUCGCUCAAGAAGCGAAACGAAAAGAGCACCAGCAGCGUCAUCUACAACGGGACCAUCGUCGACAAGGAUGGGCUGGAGAUGAUCAAGAUCUCCACCAUCAACACCAAAGUAAAACUAUGCGAAGACGACAAAGUGAGCAUAGACGACUUCAAACUACUCAAAGUGCUGGGCACCGGUGCGUACGGCAAGGUCUUCCUGGUGCGCAAGAUCGGCGGCGUCGACGACAACAAGCUGUACGCGAUGAAGGUGCUGAAAAAGUCCACCAUCUGCCAGAAGAAGAAAACGGCCGAGCACACCAAAACCGAGCGGCAGGUCCUCGAGUCGAUCGAGCGCUCGCCGUUCCUGGUGACGAUGCACUACGCCUUCCAGACGGACUCCAAGCUGCACAUCAUCCUGGACUACGUGAGCGGGGGCGAACUGUUUACGCAUCUGUACAACAAGGAGCACUUUACCGAGGACGAGGUCCGGAUCUACAUCGCCGAGAUCAUCGUGGCGCUCGAGCAGCUGCACAAGCUGGGCAUCAUCUACCGGGACAUCAAGCUGGAGAACAUCCUGAUCGACGCGAACGGCCACAUCGUGCUGACCGACUUUGGGCUGUCCCGCGAGUUGGUGUUUGAGAACGAACGGGCGCACAGCUUUUGCGGCACGAUCGAGUACAUGGCGCCGGAGAUUGUCAAGUCGAACCAAAACGGACACGACGCGUCCGUCGACUGGUGGUCCGUGGGAGUGCUCACGUUCGAGCUGCUCACCGGCAGUUCUCCGUUCAGCUCGGAGGAACCGGCCACGCAGACGGAGAUUUCCAAAAAGAUCACCAACACCGAGGCGGUCAUUCCGGAGCAUCUUUCCCGCGAGGCGAAAGACUUCAUCCGGAAGCUGCUGGUCAAGGACCCCCGGCGGAGACUGGGUGGUGGCACCGCGGACGCGUCCGAGCUCAAGUCCCACUCGUUCUUCAAGAGCAUCAACUGGCGCCAGCUGGCGGAGAAGAAGAUUGCCGCCCCGUUCAAACCGGUCAUCGAGGACGAGCUGGACACGAACAACUUCAGUGACGAAUUUACCCGCCAAACGCCCGUCGACUCACCCGCGUCCGCGCCACCCAACUCGGAGCGACUGUUUCGAGGAUAUUCAUACGUUUCAUCCAGCUUACUAUCGAGUAAAGUCGUCGAUAGAAACAAAUACAUGAGGCACAAGAAUACUCGGCCCCAGGAGGCGUCCAUCCGGCGGCACACCAGCAAGAGCUCUCCGUUCUUCAAAAAGUACGAACUAACGUCGGACCGUGCCAUCGGCGAUGGACUGUACUCGACGUGUCUCAAGUGCCGCCGGUUGUCCUCGUCGUCGUCAUCCUCUUCCAGCAGUUCAAAUGGCCACCACAGCAGCAGCAGUAGUAGUAGCAGUUACUACGCAGUCAAGAUCGUGUUCAACCACGCCGAAACGGCAACGCUGAUGCGGCAAGAGGUGGAAGCGCUGAAGGCGUGCCAGGGCCAGGCGAACGUGGUCAAGUUUGUGGAGGUUCUGAAGGAUUCGCACCACAUCUAUCUGGUGCUGGAACUGCUGAACGGGGGCGAGCUGCUCCGGCGGAUAAACCAAACGCGGAGCUUUACCGAGAGUCAGGCGCGGCAUUACUUCCGACAGAUGGCGGAAGCGGUCUCGUGGAUGCACCAGCGUGGUUACGCCCACUGUGAUCUCAAGCCGGAGAAUAUGCUGUUUGAUGGUCCGAGCUCGGAGCAUUUGAAGGUGAUUGACUUUGGCUUUGCGAAGAGCAUAGAGAACAACAACUGCCUGCCGCCGGCUGGAACUAUUGGGUACGCAGCGCCGGAAGUGUUCGAGGGCCGAUCGUACGCGCUGGAAUCCAGCGACCUGUGGUCACUCGGAGUGGUGCUGUACACGAUGCUGUGCGGACAGGCGCCGUUCACGCCGCGGCAAUUCUUCGGUCACUCGAAUCUGGCGUCGUCCGCGAAGCAGAUGGAAAUCAUCAUGAGCAAGAUCCAGCGAGGUUCGUUCGACCUGGAAUCGUCGACGUGGGUGUGCGUCAGUGAAGAGGCCAAAGACUUGGUGCGGCGUCUGCUGUCGGUGGACCCGGACCGGCGGAUAACGAUGGAGCAGCUGCUCGUGCACGACUGGCUGGAUCUGAGUCGAACGGCCGGAGUGAGACGACAGUUGAAGCUGGUUUACGCCCAGCAAACGCUGCGCCAGCUCGAAGCCAACGUCCAGAACACGUACGAGGCAUUUAAGCGAUCCGAGGACGAUGGUUUCCGACUGCGAGAAGUCCGACGACCCAGCACGGCCAGCCAACGGCGCACAAACGGCACCGCCAAGUCGAAAAAGUCCACCGAAAGUCAGUACAGCAGCUCGAUGGAGGAGAGCACCUCGAGCGGAAUCGGCCGCAGCAAGUCCAGCAAGAGCAGCUCCAUCUCGGCGGAUGGCGCCCAGCAGCGAACCAUCAGCGUGUCGACCAACAACUCCGAGGAGGUGGUGGUGAUUGACGAGGAAGGUGACGACAGUGACCCCUGUGUUGAGGACAAACCUGCUACGGCUAGCACUGCCGAAAGCAACAACAACGACGUCAAACGGCAGGAGGCGGAAGCAGUGGAGGAAGAGGAGGAAGAGGAAGAGGAAGACGAAGUGGACGAAUUUCUGGUGGACCAAAUCCUGAACGACGUUGAGGAUGUCGUCGAGGAACAGCAGCAGCAGCAGCAAGAACAGGAACAGGAAGCUCAGGUCAAGCCAAUUGACGACGAAGACGACGCCGAGCGGAGACGAAGCGCGUCGUGCGGUAGCGAAACGAGCAGCAGUACGGUUCCGUUAGCGGCAGUGGAACCGGAAGUGGAGCCAGAAGUCGAAGAGGAAGAGGAGGAAGACGAGCCAGAACCAGUGGAGCAGCCAAACGACUCGAUCGACCUGGACGACAGCUUCGAGCACAACAUUUCGUCCUGUUCGGACGAAUCGCUUGUGGCCGGACUGCGCGCCUCCAUCGACGCCGAGCUGACCGAGAUCGGGUUCGAAGACUUUUUCAUCUUCCGCGGGUUCGACGAGACGGAGCUGGAACCGAUCCCGGCGCUGCCAACCCUCGCGACCGCCACCAAGACCACCCUCAACUUUACCAUCAGCAAGCUGCGGAAACGAAAGGUGGACGCCGCCCUGGUGCUGGAGGUGCCGCUGCGGAAGCCCAAACGGAUGCGUCCGGCGGUCAACUACGUGUACUAGAGUGUUUGGUUCUCGUACUUUUUCCCCUUCUUUUUUUCCUACUCUUACUAUUAUCACGCUUGGAUAUUUAUGCGCAACACAAACUCACAUUUAUUUGCUACGAUCUUUACUUGUAACAUCUUUUUCCCAACCCUUUAAUUUUAAAACCAUCUCGGUACUCUCGACACAUCUCUUGCAGCAAAGAGAGAGGGAGAGAGGGAGACGACUCUGGUAAUAAGGUAAAAAACAAACAAACAAAACCGUUAAGUGCACUUAUUAGACUUGUUAUUAUAUACAUAGUAGAACAACAACAGAGAGGACAGAGGCAGUGAGAGAGAGAGAGACACAAACCGGAAAAUGCACCAAUUGAACUAUAUUGAUUACUACACUGGACAGUAAAACACACACACACACAACAGUAAUAACAAAAUAAACGUUAAACAACAAAAACAAAGCAAUGCGUGAGCGCGCGCUGUGGUUGAUCUCUUUACUCAAACGGUCGGAAGUGUAGUUAGCAGGCAGCAAAAAUGGUGGAACAAAUCAAAGAUCCGGUUUCCGACGAAAAUCACAUCAUCAUUUCGCAUUUGGCUUUUAUUUAUUUCAUUAUCGUUUUUUCGUAUUUUCGAUGGGGGUUGGGCAUUCGAAAGAUUUAGACUCAAGUCAGAGUAACUUAAUCUUCCUCAAUAUAUCACAAUUUUCAAUGGUUUUUAAACGAAAAUAUUGUUGAGAGACGACGACAGUACGAUUUUCGCCAUUAUUUUUCGAUAGUUCGUAAUUUUGAACUUAUCAAAACAAACGAUUUCCAACAAAAUUUCACUACUUUAUUGGCGACUUCAUAAAUGUAAUCACCAUUUGCAACAUUUGUAAACUAAUCAAUUCCAAACAGUUGAAUUUAAAAAAAAACAUAUUUAAGUUUUGACAUUAUCCGAGGUCACUUUACGACGACAUCGGAUAAUCAAGUCUAGACUGUACCAAGUGACAAGAAAAGUGGAGCAUGUAUCGCUUAAAGGUUUUUGAGAAGGCGAAUCUUCUAGUGUUCUUAUUUCUAAAGUAGGUAUUAGACUACGACAAAAAAAAAACUCGCAAAUGCAGGCAAACAUAAAAACUUCCAAAUCGUCAAAAAGUGCGAGUUUUUUUUGUUUGUUUGUCAUAGUCUAAUGCCUGCUUAAGGAUAGAUUGUCAUAACUCGGGUUAGUAAAUAUUCACGCUAUCAUCUAUCCGUCCCUCUUUUUCUAAUCAAAGCUGAGGAGAAAAAGGGAUGGCAAGACAUCAGCUUGAAAAUUCACUAUGCCUAGUCAUUAUCUUUUGAAUUAUUUUUCAAUCUUUUGAGUAAUUCGUCCCGAAUUUCGGAAAUAGUUUUUAUUGGUAUUUUUUAUAUGGCUCCUCAGACUUUAGGUGGCCUUCCCUAUUACCAAAAAAGCUAAUUUGUGUCAUUGGUUCACUUAUACAAGGUUCUAUACAAUUUUGCUAUUCAGAAAAAAUAACGAUUUUUCACAAAAAAAAAACAAUUUCAAAAGUUUUUUUAAAUUGUGUAAGUAUUUUUGCUGAAAAUAUUUGUUUCAUAAAGUUCUGAAAAUUUCCUAUUAUUGAUAGAAUACACAUUUUUGUUAUUGCGCAUUUCCCAAUAACUUGAACUUCGCACUAAAUUAUUGCGUUUUAGUUAAGGAGGUAUUAGUCUGUGAAAGACAAACAAACUGGCACUUUUUUGACAGUUUGCCUGCAUUUGAUUGCAAAAACGUCAGGCUGCAUUCAUUUGGCUUUGUUUGUUGUUUGUUCGUCACAGUCGAAUACCUCCUUUAGAGAGAAGACAUCCCAAAUCAAAAAUACCAAUCGACGCACGCAAACUAUUUUUGCACUGUAGCGACUUAUUAUACUGGCUUGGGAAUUUUUUUAAACAUCCUACAAAAUUAUCACAGCAAGCCGAGGUUGCUCGCUUGUUUUUAGCUAUCAAGCGCAAUUUUAAAGUGCGAAAGUCUGGUUUGGUGGAAACUGCGACAGAAAAUGUAAAUAAAUAACAACUGGUUGCCUCAAGGGUUGCCUAGUUAUUCGAAAUCUUGUUGUUAAAAGUUUGAACAAAAAUGCCGCAAAAUCAAAGUUACAUUGCAAGAAUCAAUUAAUAACCCGAGAAAAAUGUAUGUAUACUUCUCUAGUUCUUUUAAAAAAUAUCAACAAAUAUUAAAAAAAAGGAUUAUUGGGAAUAGAUUUUAUGUAAAAAAAUCAUUUAGAAAUCGCCAAAAAAAAUCCUUGUACCUAUUUUUUGUGAACAGUCUUUUUCAAUACAAACAACUUUUCCGAAGACACCAAUACGAUCAAAAAAUGUCUCCAAAGAUACAGAUUUUUCACAUAAUAACUUUUUUGGUCAUUGGGUAGGCCGAAUUUUGUUGGAAUCACCAGAUUUUAAAUUUUUCUAUUGUGAAUUAUCGAAAAUUGUCGGCAAAAAAAUCAUCGCUGAUUAAAUCACCCAUGAUUGAUAACGAAAAUGUGAUCGUCAUCGGUAAUAAUUUGGAACAAACUUGCUUUUAACGUUUUAAGAAGAUCAAAGACGUUAGGAAAAAUGUAUUUACAGAAGCUUAUUACUAACUUUUGAACGCUCACCCAAACUCUCUCUCUUCAUACAAAGUGGCAUUAUUUUCGUUGACUGUUUUGUUCAACUACUUUUUGAUUAUACAUUUUCACCCCAUCGUCAUCAGGAAGAAAUCGCAAAGGUAGGCCUUCGGAAGGAAUAUGCCUUAAACCAUAUCAGCUACGCGCUGCCCCACAGCAUCAAGUCACACUCUCUGAUGGCAAACCCCAAAACUGCACCACAGGAAUGGAAGAAACACAAAAAAAUAGUCGAAUAAUUUGCAAACAUUUCGGAUAGCGCAGAAAAAAAGGAAGUGACACGUUAAAGUGAGUGUAUUUUUUUUUUGUAAAUAGUAGAGAAAAAAAAACCAACAAAAUAAUCCCUGCAAUCGUAGACAGCAACAAAACAAAAAAGAAUAAAAUUUAAAUAAAUUAAAGAAAAUAAAAAAGGGAUGCCAAUUUGCGCUCCUUGAGAGAGACCAAUGUAGCGUUUAAGUAGAAAGUAUGUGUUCCACAAAGUAAAACAACAACAAAACAAACAAAAAAAAACAUCUAUGAAUAGAACGAUUUUUUAAAGUACAUUUUUUACCGUAUCUUUUGUUUUCGUGCAAGGUGUAGGCAAAGAGCAAUGCAAACGUGUCCGCGCGCGUGUGUGUGUGUGUGUGUGAAUUUAAAUUAGCGUGUUGAGAAAGUGUGCGUCGUGAAAGAGUGUGAAUUGGUUUUAGGAAAAUUUGCCGGUUGCGGGCGUCGAGACGAUGGUUAUCUCAGAAACAGUAAGGAAAGGAUAGUUAAUCGUAGGAUUAGGACAAACAACAGUACUAAUAUUAUAACAUAAUACAAAAAAAACAGCAACAACAAAAAUAUCACUUAUAAGACACACAUGGAAACCAUAUGUAACAAUUUAUAAAACAAACCACAUUUGUGUGUAUCAUAAUUCUCACUGGAAAGAGGAAUGAUAUCGUUAGUUAGUUGAAUUGAUUAGGGUGAGCAGCGUGGAAAUUAAACAAAGUAAGGAAAACAAAAAUCUAGUAAAGUAAAACAAAAAAAAAGAGAAUAAAAAAAUCAUAGAAAUAAUUUUAACCAACGAGAGAAGUGGACAACUGGCUACUUUAUCCUUGUGUAAUCAUUUUAGCUGUAUAUUCUAAACAAUUAAUUAGCAAAAAAACGAACUCAAACCAGACAACAAGAAAAGAAAGCAUCAAAACCGUAUGAACAAGCAUCUCUAGGCAAGACGGAAAACACGAUUAAUUAAAUUACGCCGGACGAACUAGACUUUUACAAACAUAAACAAACAAACAAACAUUUAUGAACUAGCGUAAAAUAAUUGAAUAAUUGUUUUUUAGUUGAUUGCCGUUGUUUUUUCUUUUGUUUCUUGCUUAGUUUUAUUGCACAUACUGAAACCAACUGCAACUCCCUAUAGUACAUCUUGUUUACUUGUGUCCUAGUUAAUACAAAUCUAUUGAUUGUCGAAACGCGUGUGUGGGACAACUGCAUGCAUGGGAAGCAAACAAUAUUAUUUAAACAUUGCGAAGAAGAAAAAAGAACAACAAAUUAUGAAAAUAAAAUUUCGGAUAUGAAAAUAGCA